GAAUAAAAUUAUUGGUUUUUGUUUCAGCUAAAGACUGCAAAGACCGAUGGAAGAACAUCAGAUGUAGUUACUCAAAGAAUAAGAGAAACAUGAGUGCUCCAUCUGGCUUGCACCAAACUUGCGUUUCCUAGACAGUUUUUUAAAAUCCCGACCCUCUAAAGGCAAUUUGGGGAACGAUGCAGACCGAAUCGAAGAUGAAGACGAUUUGACAUGCAUGUCUGCUGGCUCACCUGCAGGUGAACGGCAGGCGACUGAUUUUAUCACGCCACAACAUACACAGCCGCCACCAAAAAAUAAACAGAUUCGUAUAAGUGAUGUUAAUAAGACAGCGCACGAAUACUUCACCCUAAAAAAUAAACAAAUAAUUGCACGACAACAAAAUAUGGACGAAGGAACAAAAGUAAAAAAUAAGGACGAUUCAGACGCCGACAUGGCCUUUUUCCGCAGCAUGAUGCCAGAUGUGCAAACAAUGAAUCAAGACCAAAAACGAAAAUUGAAAUUGGGCGUACUUAAUUUAAUUGAACAAAUUCUAAAAGAGCCAAUCACUAGUCGUAUUUCAUGUCCGAGAAGUAUAACUCCUUACCAAAGAACUCCAUCACGGGAGUCAGAGUAUAAUUCACCUGCAAAUGUGGGAUCUUAUGGAAGUCCAACGGGAUCUUAUGGAAAUCAAUCACCUCAGCAGACACAUACGUCUGACGCAUAUGGAGGUCUGACACUUCAGCAGACACAUACAACUAGCGGAUACGGAGGUCUGACACUUCAGCAGACACAGCCGACACUUCAGCAGAUACAGCCGACACUUCAGCAGACACAAACGACUGGCGCAUAUGGAGAUCCAACACUUCAGCAGAUGCAAACAAGUGGUGCUUACAGAGGUCGGUCACCUCAGCGAGCUGGGACUCAAAUUUAUUUGCCAUUGUUUUCUCCAGUUACUUCGGUUUCACCUCCGUCACACCAGAGAAUUGAAGCAGAAAGUCAACCUCACGAUGGUGAUGUGAAUGAUUCCAAUUAUUAAUUUUUGCGGUAAUGAUCAGAGAUCGGAAUUGGGUGUGUGAAAAUACCUAAACUUUGCAGCUGGACAUAAUAUGGAACUGUUACAACCACUUAAGUUGAACCAGUUUUGAAUUUUCACGGUUCAGUUUCAGCUUUUUUGUUUUACAUCUUCCCGCUAAUACAGUUUUAAAAUAAUUUUGGUUUUGAACUUUUCCGGUUCAAAUUCGGUUUUUUAGUUCUACUCGUUCUUUACAUAGUUUAGUUUAUAGUUGGGUGUUUCAAAGUUAAGGAACAUGUAAAACAAAAAAACCGAAACUGAACUGGUAAUAUUCAAAACCGGUUCAAAUUAAGUGGUUGUACUCCAUGUUAUGCCCUGCUGAAAACUUUAGGUAUUUUCUUUCACACACCCAAUUCCGAUCUCUGGUAUUGAUAGAUAGCAAACAAGUCCUCCUGAUUGUCAAAUCUUAGUCCAGUUUUCUACUCAAACAUCAAACAAAUAAAAGUACCUAUAUAAAAAUGCCAAAGAUGUUUUACUAACCUUAAUGUU